CCUCCAUCUUUCACUCGUUCAAAAACAAAACCAUUCUACCUUCUCCAAAACCAUCCAACUCUCAUGUUCGAAGAAAACAUACACAAUCUCUUCAAACUCUAAUUUUCUUUUCCUUUCAUUUAAUUUCCUCAAUGGCGGCUUCCGUCGACCAGCGUCCGUACCCCGGCCUCCACAAUGGCGUCGUUCGGCCCCUCAAACCAGGCCCGGAUAUCCCGCGUCCCAAGAAGCUACCCCAGCCGCCGCCGCCACUCUCGGAUUCCUCAAGCGACGAAGAAGAAGACACCACCUUGAACUUGAAGGACCUGAUUCGCAAGGGAACAACGGAAGUUGAAUCCUCCAUUUUCGACCCGCGCGACGAUGGAACCUCUGACCACUGGAUCCAACGGAACUCUUCCCUUGUCCGUUUAACGGGAAAGCACCCGUUUAACUCGGAGCCACCCCUCCCUCGCCUCAUGCAACACGGUUUCAUCACCCCGGUCCCCCUUCACUACGUCCGCAACCACGGGCCAGUCCCCCGGGCCCGCUGGGAGGACUGGACCGUGGAAGUCACGGGCCUGGUCACCAGGCCCACACGCUUCACCAUGGAGCAACUCCUCCACGAUUUCCCCAGUCGCGAGUUCCCAGCCACACUCGUCUGCGCUGGGAACCGGCGGAAGGAACAGAACAUGGUGAAACAGAGCAUCGGCUUCAACUGGGGGGCAGCCGCCAUCUCCACUUCGGUGUGGCGCGGCGUGCCCUUGCGCACCCUGCUCAAGCGCUGCGGGAUCUACACCCGCACCAAGGGCGCGCUCCACGUGUGCUUCGAAGGGGCCGAGGAUCUGCCAGGUGGAGGUGGGUCCAAGUACGGAACCAGUAUCCUGAGGGAGGUUGCACUGGAUCCCUCCCGCGACAUCAUUCUCGCCUACAUGCAAAACGGGGAGCCUUUGUCCCCGGAUCACGGCUUCCCCGUUAGAAUGAUAAUACCCGGUUUCAUUGGUGGCCGCAUGGUCAAAUGGUUGAAGCGCAUCAUUGUUACUACCGACCAAUCUCAAAACUAUUACCAUUAUAAGGAUAACAGGGUACUCCCUUCUCACGUUGAUGCCGAACUUGCCAAUGCUCAAGCUUGGUGGUACAAGCCGGACUAUAUUAUCAACGAGCUUAACAUAAACUCCGUGAUAACCACGCCUUGCCACGAGGAGAUCUUGCCCAUCAACUCAUGGACUACUCAGAUGCCUUAUUUCAUCAGAGGCUAUGCGUAUUCCGGUGGUGGGAGAAAGGUGACACGUGUUGAGGUAACCCUGGACGGAGGUGAAACGUGGCAAGUGUGCACACUGGACUGUCCGGAGAAACCCAACAAAUAUGGAAAGUACUGGUGUUGGUGUUUUUGGUCUGUGGAGGUUGAGGUUUUGGACCUGCUCGGAGCCAGGGAGAUUGCGGUGCGUGCUUGGGACGAGGCCCUCAACACCCAACCUGAAAAGCUCAUUUGGAAUGUUAUGGGCAUGAUGAACAACUGCUGGUUCAGAGUGAAAACCAAUGUGUGCAGGCCCCACAAGGGUGAGAUAGGUAUAGUGUUUGAACACCCCACCCAACCAGGCAACCAAUCCGGCGGAUGGAUGGCAAAAGAAAAACACCUAGAGAAAUCAUCUGAGUCCAACCCAACCCUCAAGAAGAGUGUCUCCUCCCCAUUCAUGAACACCACCUCAAAAACCUAUACCAUGUCUGAAGUCAGAAGGCACAACAACGCCGAUUCGGCUUGGAUCAUAGUCCACGGUCAUGUCUAUGAUUGCACCCGCUUCCUCAAAGACCAUCCCGGUGGCACAGACAGCAUCCUCAUCAACGCCGGCACCGACUGCACCGAGGAGUUCGAAGCCAUCCACUCCGACAAAGCCAAGCAAAUGCUUGAAGACUACCGAAUCGGCGAGCUCACCACCACCUGCUACAACUCUGAUUCUUCAUCGUCAAACCCCUCCGUGCAUGGCAGCUCCGACACCAUCCCUUUGACCCCCAUCAAGGAAGUGAUUACACCAAUGCGAAGCGUGGCUCUUAACCCACGCGAGAAAAUCCCAUGCAAGCUCAUCUCCAAAACCUCCAUCUCUCACGACGUUAGGCUUUUCCGCUUUGCCCUCCCCUCCGACGACCUACUCAUGGGUUUGCCAGUUGGGAAGCACAUAUUCCUAUGUGCCACCGUUGACGAGAAACUAUGCAUGCGAGCCUACACUCCAACAAGCAGCGUUGACGAAGUGGGAUACUUCGACCUCGUCGUUAAGGUUUACUUCAAAGGGGUGCACCCUAAGUUCCCCAACGGUGGGAUCAUGUCUCAACACUUGGACUCUCUCCCCAUUGGUUCUGUCUUGGACGUGAAAGGCCCACUUGGCCACAUUGAAUACACUGGCAGAGGAAACUUCCUCGUUCAUGGGAAACCAAGGUUUGCCAAGAGGCUAGCCAUGUUGGCUGGUGGCACAGGAAUCACACCCAUUUACCAAGUGGUUCAAGCCAUUCUAAAGGAUCCAGAGGACUGCACCGAGAUGCAUGUGGUUUACGCGAACCGAACCGAGGAUGAUAUAUUGCUGAAGGAAGAGCUUGAUGAGUGGGCUAAGAAGUAUGAUAGGUUGAAGGUGUGGUACGUGAUACAAGAAAGCAUAAGAGAAGGGUGGGAAUACAGUGUGGGAUUCAUCACUGAAAGUAUCCUGACGGAGCAUAUUCCAAAUGCAUCUCCUGAUACCUUGGCAUUGACUUGUGGACCACCACCUAUGAUUCAAUUUGCAGUCCAGCCGAAUUUGGAGAAGUUGGGCUACGACACCCAGAAUAACUUGCUCGUGUUUUAGGGGACUAAACUAGAAUACAUUGUAUGUGUAUAUAGUAGUUUAUUGUUAUAUAUAAAUAAUGGAUUCUAUUAGCUGCUUCGUUUCAAGAUUUUUUUAUGUUUCAAUUUUUAAAUAAAAGUGUACAUGGGACAGCUAGCUAGCUACGCAGGUUUACUUUUCCUCGUCAACUUUUGAUGUAGACAAGUAUGUCAAUUAUUUUGACUACUUUUGCAUGUAUAAAUAAAUAAAUAAAACAGUGUGCAACUAUCACUUUUUCAAUUUA